CUUUCUCCCUAAACCCUAGUUGCUCGCAGAGACUGAGAGAGUAGCCGCUGAACCAAACAUGGUGUCGGGUUCUGGAAUCUGCGCGAAGCGCGUCGUCAUCGACGCAAGGCACCACAUGCUCGGGAGGCUGGCUUCGAUUGUGGCCAAGGAGCUUCUCAAUGGCCAGAAGGUGGUCCUCGUCCGAUGUGAAGAAAUUUGCAUCUCUGGAGGAUUGGUUCGCCAGAAGAUGAAGUACAUGAGGUUCUUGAGGAAGCGUAUGAAUACCAAGCCCUCUCAUGGCCCUAUUCACUUCCGUGCUCCUGCCAAGAUCAUAUGGCGAACAAUCCGUGGGAUGAUCCCACACAAGACAAAGCGUGGAGCUGCAGCUCUUGCUCGUUUGAAGGCAUAUGAAGGUGUUCCUCCUCCCUAUGAUAAGAUGAAGAGGAUGGUCAUCCCCGACGCUCUCAAGGUUUUGAGACUUCAAGCUGGACACAAAUACUGCUUGUUAGGCAGACUCUCAUCAGAAGUGGGAUGGAAUCACUAUGACACUAUCAAGGAACUUGAAAGGAAGAGGAAGGAGAGGGCUCAAGCAGCAUACGAGAAGAAGAAGCAGUUGACUAAGUUGAGGGUCAAAGCCGAGAAGGUCGCAGACGAGAAGCUUGGUCCCCAGUUGCAAGUAAUAGCCCCAAUUAAAUACUAGUUUGUUGCAAGGUUGUGUUUAGUUGAGAAUGCCUAAUGUUAUGGGAGAAUGGAGUUGCAGUUGAUUUUGCAUUUUCUUUUCUAGUACCAUUUUGUUGUCUAUUGAUGAUGUUGGUCGCCAUUUUUUCCUUUCCUUUUUCUUCGGAUUUUGAAAUUAGUUAAAUUUUGGGGAAUCACUUGCUAUUCCUUAUUCUACUUACUGCAAUAGAUUUCGUCCACUGAAAAUAAGCUA